AUGCGCAGUGGUGCCGAGGCCCUGGAGCGAGCCCCCCGCUGAGGGAUCCUUCCCGCCGCCUUGCCUAUUGUCCCCUCGCCACGUGACCCCGGAGGGUGACAAAGCACUUUUGGUUCCGCUGAGUCAUCCUCUUUGCAGGAGGCGCGCCUGCCGUUCGCCCGCCUCCUCGGUCGUCGCUCCUUCUUCCUUCCUUCUUCCCUUUCUCCCCGUAGCAGAGGCAGACAGCCAUGGGCACCGAGAGCGGCAGCGGAGGAGUCCUGCUGGGCCGAGCCCGCACCCUCAACCUCCAGACGGGCAACCUGAUGAACUGGGGCCGCCUGCGGAAGAAGUGCCCCGCCACCCCCAGCGAGGAGCUGCGAGAAUGCAUUCAGAAAACCUUAAAUGAAUGGAGUUCAAAGAUCAGCCCUGAUCUCAUGCAGGAGAUGCCAGAAGUCCUUGACUGCACUCUUGCUCAGGCCAUAGAAAAGAUCAAUUCUGAAGAAAGGGAAGAACUGAAAGUUUCAGCAAAACUGUUCAUUGCUGGAUCAAACACCUCAUCGAUCAGAGAAGCAAUAAGCAUGACAUGUUCUGCCCUUGGGGUUGACCAGUUAGAUUCUGUAAUCAUUGCUCCUCCUCCAACAGAAGACGGAAUUAAUCUUUCUUUAGAGUAUUUACAGCCUUAUUGGGUAGAGCUUGAAAACUUGGUUCAAAACAAGCAGAUUGUUGCCAUAGGGACCUCUGACUUAGAUAAAGCACUGUUGGAGCAGCUCUUCUUGUGGGCACAGGUGAAGCCAAGCAGUAAUCAGGUGAAUCUUGCUUCCUGUUGUGUGAUGCCACCAGAUCUGACUGCGUUUGCAAAAGAGUUUGAUAUCCAGCUGCUAACUCAUAAUGAUCCAAAAGAACUGCUUUGUGAAACAAGUUUCCAAGGAACUCUUCAGGAAAGCUUCCCAGACUGCCGGGCGCACGAAUGGAGUCCGCUGUGGCUUCUGCGAUAUUCAGUUAUUGUAAAGAGCAGAGGAAUCAUCAAGUCCAAAGGCUACAUCUUGCAAGCUAAAAGAAUCCCAUCAUCUUAAGAUGAAUUGCCUUCUUCAGAGAGACCCACAUCUCUGCUCUUUCACCAAGAUGCAAACUGGAAUUCAUAAAGACCAAACUUUUUUUAUUAUCAGUCAGUGGCAUAGCAAUUGUAUGCCAUUCUUGCCUUUCUUUUUCUUUCAUAUGUGUUCUGUGUUGAGGACAACUUGUUCACAUGUGAAAUACUGUUCUUCAUUUAUUAGUUUGCUGAUUUGGAGAUUAUAUAUAUAUACAGAAAAUAUUUGGAAUAUUUUAAUGACUAAUAUAAACUAAAAAUCUGACUAGAUAUAUUUUGAUUGAAAUAUUUUGAGUUGCAAGAAGAAAUGUAACUUGGUUAAACUUGUUGCUGCUAGACGGAAAGCAGACUAAAUGUAGUAGCACUGAUGGAAUAAGCAGGUUUAUUAUUUAAGAUACUGGUGUUAAAUUAAGUGGACUCAUGCAAAUUGUUUAAAAUAUACAUGAAUUUAUAUUUGGUCCCCUUUCCCAAACAGAAAUCAUAGUACAAUAGGCCUUCUUGGGGCCUUGCAUACAUUUUUCUUCUGUUGUUGCUUUGUCAAAAUCUUCAUGGCAUGGAUCCAGUCAUGGGGGCCUCUCAUCAGAAACAGAAUUCAUCUUGACAGAUUUGUUUUGGUAAUAUUAGGAUCCCUAUUUUGAGAACAAUAAAUAGAUGGUUUUGUUCUACAUCAGUCUCAGAAUUGCAUAAAAUGUAGAUAAUCUGAAUUCUGAGAACACAAAUUCUGUCUGAGAGUCAACCUCUGGAUAACUUAUUUUGCCCACAAAAAGUUUGUGUUUUUCUCAUAACCAGUUUGGUGCAUUUAAUGCUGUUGAGCACUUAGUUUAAGGAAGCAGCCUCUGUUUUCCAUCUUGAUAACUGCAAAAGAUAAUGUUUUAAUGAACUUCUGUAUAAAGAAUGACAUUUUCUAAGUUUUGUGCCAUGUCAAUAAGAUUAAAAUUGUUAUCUGUAAGCCUAUUAAUGACCAAUGAAAGGUAUAAGAGAUAGUCAACUUUAUUUAGAGUCUGAUUUUUAUGUUCUAAUAACAAGUAACAUGACUUAGGCAGCUGGACUGAAUAAAUGUACUGCCUGUCAUAUCAUAUUUGCAUAUUUUGGUCCAUUCUGGUGGGUUAGCUUCUUGUGAUUUGAAAAAUUAUUUUCAGUAAGGGGUUUUGGCAUGUGUUGGUGUUGGAUACUAAAACAUUUUGAAAGCAUGUGAUGAAUACCUCAAAUCUCAACUGUUAUUUGGAAUUAAGUUCCAUUGAAAUUGCUGGAGCCUUAAUAGUGAGGCCAUCUACCUAAACUACCUAUUAAUUUUCCAGGAAGACUUUUGGAAAAAUAAUAGCAUUGACCUAAAUAAACCCUGUACAACAGGCUUCUGAAGUGAA